GGGCCCCCCUCCCGCGAGGGGCGCGUGGGGACCCCCCUGACCCUCGAGUGCCACUUCCGAGGCCCCCCCGACACCGCCCUGACCUGGCUCCAGGCGUGUCCCCCCGGGCUCGGGGAGGUCCCCCGGAGCUGCCCCUGGCCCCAGGAGGUGGUGGCCACCCGGGGGGGCCGCCGGAUGGACCGGGUGGUGCGGAAAGGGGGGGGAAGCUCCACCCUGACCUUCCCCAAACUGUCCCACAACGACUCCGGGCUCUUCUUCUGCCGCGUGGAGUCCGGGGGGGAGACGGCCCAGAGCUGCGGCACCUUCGUCAGGGUCCGCGAGCCGGUUCCCGCCCCGUUCCUGGCGCUGAGGGAGAGCACCAAGAACCGGAUCCUGACGGCGCAGGGGGUGCUGCUGCUGCUCUGCUCAGCUGGGCCGGGGCUGCUGCUGCUGCUCAGGAAGUGCUGGGCCAACGAGCAGCUGCUGCACCCCGAAAAAACCACAUGCGAGGAGGAAAACCUCUACGAGGGGCUGAACCUGGACGAGUGUUCGAUGUACGAGGACAUUUCCCGGGGACCCUCCCCGGUGACUCCCAGCUGGAAAAGCCCUGAGGGACCCCCCGAAAAAGGGGGGUGGGACCCCCUGGGAAGGGGUUUGGGACCCCCUGGCUCUGCUUGGCCCCCCCCAGUGCUCUGCUCUGGUGACACAAGGCCAUGCUGAUCCCCCCCAAAAUAAAGCUGCUGUGCUCCCGGA